CUGUGACACCCAGGUGAGCGCGGUGGGGGCGGGGCCUGUCCCAGAGCGGGAGCUGUCAGGUACAGUACAACAGGCUGCUUCUCUCACAUCCACACCUCAGAGCUGCAGCAGGAGACUCGACUGAGACGUCUCCUGCGACUUCACAGGGAAAACUUCUUCUUUUACCGAUCAUGACGUGAGUCUUUCACCCGAUCAGUCAGCGGCGCUCCCCACAUGCCUCGGUCUGUUUACCUACCUGUGCAGACUCACACUCGACGGACAGGUUUUCACUUUUUCACGCUUAACCGCGGUGGGUUUCCCCGACUCUCGGCGAGAUUCCCGGUAUCUGUUGUCUUUGUGGUUUUCUGCCCUGAGCCGCGCCGUCAACAGGUUUUUCACACUUGAGACUCGCCUGAGAGGUGAACCCCUGCGUCCAUGGAGUCCAGUCUGUCCUGCCUGUCUUCGCUGAAGGAGGACGAGCAACCGGUUUACGUCCAGCCACAUUACAAGGAGUCCUACCGCCUGGCCAUCUACGCCCUGCUCUGCGGCGGCAGGGAGGCCUACGAGGAGUUCCUGCGCGCCGAGCAGAUCAGCCACUUCCUGUCGGAGGAGGAGAUCGUCUUCGUGCUGGAAAAUGCCGAGCUGCCCGUCGCCGAGGAGGACGAGCCGGAGGGGCGGCGGGUCGCGGACGAAGUCGCCCCCUCCACCUACUUCCCCACGGAGUCGGACGAGGAGGUGCCGGACCUGGACCUGGGCUGGCCCGAGGUCACGCUGGAGGGCACGGACACCAGCAUCAGCCUGCUGUUCCACCCGCCCAGGGAGAACACGCCGAGCGUCAAGGAGGUGGUUCGCAAACAGAUUCAGGAGGCGAGACAGGUCGUCGCCAUAGCGAUGGACGUCUUCACCGACGUGGACAUUUUCAAGGAGCUGGUCGGCGCCACGCUGAGGGGGGUGGCGGUCUACAUCCUCCUGGACGAGUCGCAGGUCAGGAGCUUCCUCACCAUGUCGCACCGGGUCGGCGUCAACAUCCAAGACCUCAAGAACAUUCGAAUCCGGACAGUUCAGGGGCAGCAGUACCAGUGUCAGUCUGGGGUCAGGUUUCAUGGAGGUUUGGAGCAGAAGUUCAUUCUGGUCGACUGCCAAACAGUUUUGUAUGGAACUUACAGCUUUACAUGGUCUUAUGAGAAGAUCAACCUCAGCAUGGUCUUGGUGGUUACUGGUCAGCUGGUUUCCUCUUAUGACGAAGAGUUUCGACGGCUGUACGCUCGCUCCACAGCUCCCACAGUUCUGUCCUGGGAGAGGCCACCUGCCCAGCACCUGAGAGACACUGUGGCCUUGCAGAGCCCAAACUCCAGCCAACUUUCCCUUCACCAAGUUCACAUGACAUCCAGAGCGAUGCAAGGAAUGAGGGGUGGUCAGGAUGAUCCGUUCAACAACCCCACCACACUCGCCAGGGGCCUCAGUGUGCAGGACAGGCUGCAUCAGUCUCAUUAUCCUGACAUGGGGAAGCUGGUGCGGGGGCACAGUUAUGGCGGAGAACUGCAGAAGUUAAACUCCAUGACUCGGCUGAGGAUGGGGACCAAGGACAUUGGACUCCUGGAGAGGACGGGAUCGAACUUGAUGCCAACAAACAGGUUGUCCCAGCAGCAGAUUCGGCAUCGCACUCGCUACGGCCCAGACCAGAAUCUGAUCCCGUUCAACUCUGAAACGUCACUGCACAGGUGGAAGAUGGACACAUACUUCAAUGAGAGCGAUAUGCCUCUGGAUGCAUCACGGGAUGCGUUAUCCCCCAUGACAUCCCCAUACAGCAGUAACACAGGCUUAAACGAGCAACAGUCACAGAUGAUUCACGGCAGGUCCAGGGACAUUAAGUCCAGGUUGGAAGAAAUGAGGCAGAAGAGGCUCAGUCUGCAGGAAUAUGCCAAUCUCAGGCACAGCCAAGAGUGCCUGAGGUCUAUGUAUCCCGCCUUAGAUAGACCUAAAUUCAUGUCUUCAUUGAGAAAUCUGGACAUGAAGCAGAAUGUGUUGGAAUUAGAGUUCCAUGCACAAAAUGGUCGUAACAUGGAAUCAGCCAACCAGAAAACCGGUGAGCCAAACCAUGAAGGUGACAGACAGACAAUGCAGACAUACGACUGGCUGGAGCCUCCUUCCAGGACAAUAUCAGCUUCUGACUUGGAUAUGAAACUGAACGACCCAUCGCUCAAACUCUCUCAUUUGCACUCCAGCAGUCUCAGUAUCCAUCACCCGAGAGCGAUGGAGUCGUUGAUUGAGAUCCCUGAAGAAAAAGAUGGUUCAAAUACGCUAAUCAACAGCGGAUGUGAGGAAACCAAAGGUGAAAAAGCUGUUCCAACGGAGAACCCUGUGAAAUCAAGCCUGCCUGCAGAAUCAGACCAUCAGGAUGAAGCCAGAGGAAGUCAUGGUUCAAUAGGUAAAGUGGCCAACAGUUCAGCUGCUCCAAAGGAAACAAAGAAAUCAGCAUCUAGUGAAGCAGAAAACACGCCAAAGAUUUUAAACACAUCUGCAGGAUCUCAGCAUGCGACAGAUGGUAAGAGUAGUAAAACAGAAAAGCGGCGAGAGGAACCUACGCUUCAGAGGAAGAAUUCCAUUAAAAUGAAAGUACAAGCGAUGCUUUCAUCAGACGAAAAGAAAGCAUCCAAAAAAGAGGAGAAGUCCCUCCAGAGAAAGGCCUCUUUGAGAUCACAGACUCCCUCGGGAUCAAGCCAACCCCUCAGGGCGGACCAUUCACAGGCAACUGCUGCAGGGCAACCGACAAAGAAAGGUCAAUCGCCGAGCACCUCCAGGUCGCAGAAGACUAGCAGUCCAACGGACACUGACAGGCAUAAAUCUGCGUUCCCAAGAUUAUCUCCCCAUCGUUCAAGCAAAAGAAAGACGAACCUCGCGGCGGAGCAGGAUCGAGGCUCGAGGAGCACUCUGAGCGACGAGGGGACAACGGUCUUUCAAGCCAGGAGGGAGAAAGCUUACAGCCGAUACGAGUAUUUGCUCACCACUGAAAGCACGGUAGACAAAGCGAUGAGGACGGAAACCAUGUGUCCCUCAGACAAAGACGGAGGCAUGACGGCCUGGCAUGGCAGCCAUGACCCUGGCUACCCAAUGUAUCAGGCACAAAGUGGCACUGAAAAGAAACUGGGACGAUUCAUGCAGCGAGUAGGAAAUUUCAUAGGCAAGAAUAAGUAGAGUCGCAGGGAGAGCGGAGGGCCGCCGCACUCAUGAAUGAAGGAGGUGUCAGUGCAUCGUUAAUUGAUCUGUUUGGGCUCAGACACCGGCUGUUUGUGCUCAACCCUGCAGUGACUUUUAUUUAAUAAUGUGGCUAAGAGCUUAUCAGGGAAGCUAUUUAUCAUCUGAUGCCUAAACAGACGAUGUCAUCAUUGGACCAAAUCAGACAGAAGCUGAAUGAAAGAUGUGGUUUGUUUGGAUCUGGUAUGAAAUAAGUGUCUUUGUAUUAACCCUGAAUUGGAUGUUAAGGGGGGGAAGUUUAGUUGAUGUGAAGAUAGCAGUCAGUCAAGUAAUUUGGUUAUGUGGUUACAGCCGGGUGAAGAUGACAGUAGCGCUUUAGACAGUGAAAAAUAUUUCAUCAACAGAAAUUGAAGUGUAAAAAAAAAAAAUGUAAAAAUGUGUCGAAUUGAAUAUGUUUGUCCUGUCUAAAAGUUUAGUUUAAGUAUAAAUCUGUUAAUAUUCUAUAUUUUUCUUACAACAAAUCCCACGACGAGAUAAAGACCAACAACAGACGUUACCUGGCAACGAGUCGUGUUGACGUAUCCUGAGCAUUUUCCUCUGAGCCACAGAGCUCAGGCGUUGGUAAAGAUUCAACAACUUCAUUGCGAUGAAAACACUAACUAUGGCACUAUUUAAUACUGUUAGUCACAUUUGUUUAGUCUAAAAACUACAACAUCCAUUAUUGGAGGUUUUUUGUUUUAGUUUUUCUGUGGUGAGUGGAUGUUCAUUCUUGACUUUGGAAACCUGUUUGUGGAAACAAGCUCACCUCUGUUUCAAUUUGUUGCUUUUUGUUGGAGCUUUUGACUUUAGCUUGUGAUCUUCUUCAGCAGAUGAAUGAUGAAAGUAAGACAAAAAAAAUAGGGAUUCGUGUAAAAAUAUGUACAAUUCUGGCACAACUGGGAAAAAACAGUCCUAGUAACUGGGACUUGAGAUCAUUUUUAUUUUUUUGUAAUUAAUGAAAUAUACUUGUCAUCAGUAACUGUCAUUUCUUGUUGUAAAUUUUUGUGAAAACAAAUAGUGAUGUCAAAAUUCCCAGAUUAACAUUGUGCAUAUAAACAUACAGUACAAUUUUAAAAAAGUCAAAGCAUAUUGUUGUUGUUUUUAAAAGAAACGCCUUAUAUCUGCAGAUUUUCCCUUUGUGUAUUUUUUAUGAAAUGAUGUGACGUUCGGCUGAGAAAAUGUUUGAUGCUGUUCACAGAAGAUUCCUUUAAAGAUCUCCGUCAAACUAGAGCAAAACCAGACCUAAAUUCUGCAGCCACAU